AUGAGUUCAUUGUAUUAUGCGAAUGCUUUAUUUUCUAAAUAUCCAGCCGCAAGUUCCGUUUUCGCUACCGGAGCCUUCCCCGAACAAACUUCUUGUGCGUUUGCUUCCAACCCCCAGCGCCCGGGCUAUGGAGCGGGUUCGGGCGCUUCCUUCGCCGCCUCGAUGCAGGGCUUGUACCCCGGCGGGGGGGGCAUGGCGGGCCAGAGUGCAGCCGGCGUCUACGCGGCCGGCUACGGGCUCGAGCCGAGUUCCUUCAACAUGCACUGCGCGCCCUUUGAACAGAACCUCUCCGGGGUGUGUCCCGGCGACCCCGCCAAGGCGGCGGGCGCCAAGGAGCAGAGGGACUCGGACUUGGCGGCCGAGAGUAACUUCCGGAUCUACCCCUGGAUGCGAAGCUCAGGGACCGACCGCAAGCGAGGCCGCCAGACCUACACGCGCUACCAGACGCUGGAGCUGGAGAAGGAGUUCCACUACAACCGCUACCUGACCCGGCGGCGGCGCAUCGAGAUCGCGCACGCGCUCUGCCUGACCGAGCGGCAGAUCAAGAUCUGGUUCCAGAACCGGCGCAUGAAGUGGAAAAAGGAGAACAAGACCUCAGGCCCCGGAGCCGCCAGCCAAGACAAGGCUGAGGCCGAGGAGGACGAGGAAGAGUGA